AUGACUUCACAGACGAGUGAACUACACUGCAACACCUUCAAUUCGUCCCAUGUUCAAUUUUCACCCGACUCUGAUUGCGCAACACACUUCGGAUACGCUAAAAUAGGCAGUCUUCGUAGCGAACGCCAUCCUUGCGCCCCGCAAUCGACUCUUCAUGAACCCCUCCAGCAUGACAGUGCGACUAGAUAUCCACCCACACGUGCAUCUGGACCAGUCGCAAUGAUGAAGGACAAGGCCGACUACUCCUUGUAUCUUGUGACGGAUUCUACAAAACCAAUAUUAGGGGAUAGAGAUUUGGUCCAUGUGGUGGAACAGGCUUUGCUGGGAGGCGUCACACUCGUGCAAUAUCGCGACAAAACGUCCGAUACAGGAGCACUCAUAUCCACAGCCAGAGCUAUCCAUGAGAAAUGCAAAGCCCACAACAUCCCUCUCCUAGUCAACGACCGUGUCGACGUCGCCCUGGCCGUAGGCUGUGAAGGCGUACACAUCGGCCAGGAUGACAUGUCCGUCUCCUCAGCUCGCCAACUCCUUGGCCCCGACAAGAUCAUUGGAGCGACAGUGUCCUCAGUCGAAGAAGCCCGCAUAGCUGUCGAGCAAGGCGCAGACUACUUGGGUAUUGGAACACUCUACGCUACUCAGACCAAGAAGAAUACCAAAGACAUCAUCGGCAUCAAUGGCAUCAGAGGUAUCUUACGAUACCUCGACACGGCAGACGAAGCAUCCAAGAAGAUCAAAACAGUCUGUAUAGGCGGUGUAAACGCAACCAACAUCCCCUUGAUCAUCCACCAACUCUUCGCCCCAACACCUUCAAAUCGCUCCCCGAAAACAAUCGAUGGCGUCGCCGUCGUAUCCGCCAUCAUCGCUUCUCCAGACCCAAAAUCCUCCUCCCAAACCCUCCUCAACCUCGUCCACUCCCCCCCUCCCCCCUUCAAAUCCCCCUCCGCCCUACCCACCUUCUGGCUCGAAAACGACACCGAAGAAAUCACCCACGUCCUCCGCACCGCCCUCGCCGCCACCAAAGCCGUAAAAUCUAAAACCCCCCUGACACACAACAUGACCAACCUCGUCGUCCAAAACUUCGCCGCCAACAUCGCCCUCGCCCUCGGCGCAAGCCCCAUUAUGGCAAAUUACGGACCCGAAGCCACAGACCUCGCCAACCUCCCCGGCACCGCCGCCGCCCUUGUCAUCAACAUGGGCAGCGUCAACCCCGACGGCCUAGCAAACUACACCCAAGCCAUACGCGCCUACAACGCCGCCGGCCGCCCCAUCAUCUUCGACCCCGUCGGCGCCGCCGCAACCCACGUCCGCCGCACCGCAGUCUCCCACCUCCUAGCCGCCGGCUACUUCGACCUGAUCAAAGGCAACGAGCGCGAGAUCCUGCAAGUUGCGCGGGCCACGGGCUUCGCCGUCACCGACGCCGACGAGACGUCGCGGGUCCAGCGCGGCGUGGACAGUGGUGCUCCGCUCUUCUCCCUCCGGGAAAAAGCUCACGUCGUGUCCAUGCUUGCGCGGCGCGAACGCAAUGUCGUGCUCAUGACGGGCGCUGUGGAUGUGAUUAGCGAUGGCGAUCGCACGUACAGUAUCAGUAACGGACAUGCAUAUCUUGGGCUGGUUACGGGCAGUGGGUGUACGCUCGGCACCACGCUUUCGGCCUAUCUGGCAGCGUAUCCGAAGGACAAGUUGUUGGCGGGGGUGGCAGGCUUGUUGCAUUUCGAGGUUGCGGCGCAGAGGGCGGCGGCGAGGGAGGAUGUGCGUGGGCCGGGGUCGUUUGUGCCGGCGUUUAUUGAUGAGGUGUUUAGGAUUGGGGAGGAGGUUGGGGAGGGGAAGAUGGACUGGGAGGGCGUGGCGAGGGUGGAGUGUGUCAAGGGGGUUGAGGAGGGUGCGGUGUUGAGGUUGGAAUGA